AUGACCGCCGGGCGACCGUGCAAUGUGGUGCAGUGGUUCGAGCAGGUGCCUCAGCUCCUUUCCGAACACGGCUGGGACUCCGCCGUGCGUGGCUGCUCAAAAGGCUCGAGCCUGACCUACUGCGAGUGCCCUUGGGGUGGUCAGUUGGUGAGGUUCAGCUUCAAAAGCGUUCCCAUGCAGAACGUGGAGGAUCCCAGCAGGUCCAUGGUACGACCCGAGACGCGACAGCUCGAGCUGCAAGCGCCUCUUGGUUUCGAUGUGGUAGAGCAGCUGGCCCCAGGCGAUGCUGUCGUUCAACACCGAGCCUCCUGGACCCUCCUGCAGCUUUGUACCAUGGUCUUUGGAGACCUGGGCAUGCCUGCACUCACGCCUCCCAAGACUCCGAUCGUCUGUCGGCAGAAGCUCUAUCGAGCGUGCCCGACCCAACAGGACACCACCUUGAUGUUCUCCACCAUCAGCGGGGCCCCUUCGGACUCCCUGAUGAUCCUCCGCACGCGAGAGCCCGGGUUCGUGGACAUGACGACCGCCUUCAGCAUGACCCAAGUCCGGUUCGACCAGUGGAUGUCCACUCACCUCACCAUUUGCCUGGAGUCCGCGCGGUCCAACGUCACGCACUUCUUGAACCGGCCUGGGCUGGCAGAGAUGCGUGCCGUCGAUGCGAACAUGUACACGGUGCUUGUGGUGAACAGCUGCAAAAGAGGCCCGCCUCUCCUGCCGCUGCCGGCUGGCUCCACGCAAGAGCCCGAAGUUACCGUGCGCACGGAGGACGACCCGGUGCCACUGGGGUCUUGGAUCCGCAUUCCCCCUGGUAGGUUUCACUUCGCAGCCUUCGUGAACAGCUUCGCCGCAAACCUGGACUUAGACCUUGAGGCCUACGAUUCACUCGACGGCCAGCGACUGGUGCAUUAUCAGUGUGUGGUGAGAUCGGACAAGUGGCAACUGGUCCAAGACCAGUUCCUGGCCGCCUUCCAGAUCCAGAAGAGGGCCUACCGCCGCAUGAACGGGGGUUCCAUCGCGCCGAACGUGUGUGCCGAUGCCCAGCCUCGCUUCGUGUUCGACGAGAAGCUGGCUGAGCUGAGCCGGCACCUCACCCGGGAGCAGACGUCAGCCCAGCACCAUGUGAAGGUGUGCCGCACCUUCCUCCAGGUUGAUGAAGACAGCGACAGUGAUGAGGAGUUUCACAGAAAAAGACUACGCCGCGCCAAGACCACCCCGCGGAAUUGGCCUUCCUCAUCAGAUGUGUCUGAUGAGGAUCCGUGA